AGAUGGCCGACCUCGCCAUCGGCUCAGCGCACGGCGCCUUAGACUCGCUACUGGGACGCCUCACUAGGGUCAUUGCAGACGAGGCAAAGCUGCUGGGUGGCGUCUACGACGACGUCCAGUACAUCAAGGACGAGAUGGAGAGUGUUUAUGUAUUCCUCCAAAACAUGAUGGAAGAUGACUGCACGGGCAGCCAAACAGAGGUGUGGAUGAGGCAGAUUAGGUUAGUCGCCCGCGAAUCCCAAAACUGCAUCGACAUCUAUGUGAAUAAGCUCGGUGCCAGUGCCCGUGCCGGACGUUACAGAGGCCGUUUAGGUCCUUUGUUCCGGUUCGUAAGGCUUAUGUCCACACUGACUACUCGUCACGAGCUCGCCACAGAUAUCAGGAGGCUCAGAAGAAGGGUUGAACAAGUGGGUGAAAGGCGCAAUAGGUACGGCAUCGAAAAUCCUACAGGUGGGAAUCGGAAAAGCCAACUUGAUGAAGUUAGUGGAGAGAAUGCCGAUGGGAAGGAAGACCCCAGGAUACGAUAUUUGCUGGGCUACAGAGAUGAAUGCCCAGAUGAGAUUUUGAAGGGUGAUAAAGAGAUGCUGGUAUCUUGGUUGACUGAACAAGGAGAGGGGAUACAACCGGAUAUACUGAGGGGCAACGGGCUGACUGGGCUAGAAGAUGAGAUGCCAUCGCAGGAAAUUCCGGUGGAGGAGUGGAAUGAGAGAUAGCCCAACUCAGUUUCAGUUGCCGGGACGUCUAGGCAGGGGAGGGGCAAGAGGAGGCCUGGGUUGACAACAGCGGUCUCAAGGAAAUGGGCGCUGCGCUCGAUGUCCAGGAGGAAGAUCCCAGGCCUCAAAGAGCAGCCAGCUGAGCUAGCUAGAAGAUAAUAUGCCACGGCAGAAUUUUCAGCUGGAGUGUAUUACUGGUCCAAGAGACGAGGUGCAUGCCAGGACAGGAUAAGCAACUGUUGUGGUUCACUAAGCCAAGUGACAAGACAUCAGGGCCCAGGGUCAUCUGAAUUGUGCAACAGCGAUCAGGUGAUGACAGUCUGAAUCAUGCACAGAAAGUGUACGAGGACAGUUUGAUAAAGCAGUACUUCGGUUUCAGAUGUUGGGUGAGGGUCGGGGAAACUCAUGUCGAUUGGGUAUUUGAGCACAUAAUCAAAUCCAUCUCAUCUCACCAGAUGGACUUAGAAGAUUGGCAACAAACCAAGUAUUUAGUUGUUCUUGAUGAUGUCCGUGAUGAAUCACUAUGCCACCAAAUCAUAUCUGCCUUUCCUCCUACUGCUGCUGGUGGUCAUUCUGCACUUCUGGUGAUCACCCACUCAUAUGCUAUAGCCCGUUCCUUCUCUCCAAACAAAGUCUUCCCGCCUCUGGAGCCUCUAAUCGAUUUUUUCUUUGUGAAAGGGGUUUCCCUUGUUGAGAAUAAUGAUACCCUGAAGCCAGUCAUUCAGUCUAUUAUCUCAAAAUGUGCACCCAAUCUCGAAUGCCUCAAGGCAUUCUUACAUGUUCUCUAUGUCAAUCCUAACAUACGAGAGCUUGAGAGAUUAUGUGACGCCCUAAGUAGUGAAUCUCCCGGCAAUUAAUAUUCGGCAAAUCUUAAUGCCGUGGUACAACAGCCUUCCUCUUCAUUACAAGAACUGCUUGAUAUAUCUAUCUAUCUUCCCCCAAAAUGAUGGCAAUAUCCGAAGAACAAGCCUAGUCAGGCGAUGGGCAGCUGAGAACCUGAUCGCCGGAAGAAAUGGGUCAGCUGCACAUGAUGAAGCCGAGCACUGCUUCACUGUGCUUCUUGCAAAAAGAUUUAUUCUUCGCAGGGACAUCGGUGCUGCAGGGAAGGUCAAAAGCUGCAGAGCAAAUGAUUUCAUAUCAAAGUUCAUCAUCGAUAUUGCCAGAGAGGAGAAGUUCGUGGAUGCAGAUCUCCAACCGAAUUUCGGUCAUCGGAUAUCCAUUCACAAUAGAGGCCAACUGCAACAAGUCCUAUGGACACUUCAGGCAUCUGGCCCCAGCCCCUGUUUGAACAUUCGCAAGCACUCAACUAAUACUGAAGAUGGUCAAACCUUGGAUGACCUUACCAAGUUCCUUGAAACACUGCCUUCAUUUGCUCAGCUGGGGUUGCUUACAGUGCUGGAUCUGGAAGGCUUUGAUGGUUUAAAGGAUUACCAUCUGAAAAACAUCUGCGAAAUAUUUCAACUAAGAUAUCUGAACCUACGGAGGACUAAGAUUACCAAAUUGCCCAAGCAGAUAGAGAAACUUCAGCAGUUGGAAACACUGGACAUUCGGGAAACAGCUGUAAGAUCAUUUGGCACAAGCAGUGUUGUACUUCCAAUGCUAAAGCAUAUGCUUGCUGGGUGCACCCAACACCCAAACGAAGACGUGGAGUCAUUUUCCACAGUGUGCAUGCCCCUUGGAACUGGCAGCAUGACAAAUCUGCAGAUACUGUGCCAUGUUGAUGUUUCAGGCAAAGAAGAUCGUCUGGUCGAGAUCGGGAAGCUACUGCAGCUUAGAAAAUUGGGUGUUGUCUUCCGAAGCAAGAGAGAUAAUUUCAAGCACUUGCUCCAGGCAAUUGAGAAGCUGAACCAGAGCCUCCUCUCUCUCUCACUGUGUGUGGAAAUAACAGAUGGCCACAGGACUACAGACAUUAACACAUCAGAGCCUACAGCGUUCGCACCUCCAAAGUAUCUUCAGAGUCUAAAUCUUCGUGGCAACAUGGGAGGAUUGCCUCGUUGGAUCAAGGAGCUUCACAAACUUGCAAAGUUAACUCUGCGUGACACUUACUUGGGAGAAGAAGAUAUAAAUUCCCUUGGCAAACUUAGUGGGUUACGCAGUCUCAGGCUGCGUCACAAGUCAUAUGUCCAAACCAAGUUUACCUUUCAGGAAGACGAAUUCAAAAAUCUUGAGUUCAUAAGCAUCGAAGGAUCAGACAUUACUGACAUCCACUUCAACAGCACCCCUAAGCUUGAGAAGAUAGUUUGGGACUUCAAAGAGAUGAACUCAAUUCAUGGAAUCAGCCGCCUUCCACGCCUCAGCCGUCUUGAGCUUAUUGGCAACUGCAACCCAACUACUAUCAAAGCAGAUCUUUCGAAACAUCCAAACAAACCUGUGGUAACUCACAACGGACAGUGCUGAAGAAGAUAAGUAAAGCCACUUGUGCAAUUAUUGGAGAAGGUUGCUCGUUAGGAAUCAUUGGAUUGCAUUUUGCGUGUGUGUGUUACUUCCCAUGUUUGUUUUCAUCUGUUCUGUUUCAAAAUAAGCUUGUAGUGGUUUGCCUCUUAAUUUCCUUUCCCAAUUUUGCAUGGUUUGAUUUGCUGUAUCUUCAAUAAGCGAGACAUUAAUACGAACCCCCAAUGUAUCAGAUUGAUAAUUAUGUA